UAUGGCCGACGUACAGUCAAUGGAGACCUCGCCCGCGACAAGCGGGACGAACACGCCCGGCGAGCCAGACUUUGGCUCUCACGGAGUGCCACUGCUCGAUAUGCCUCGUGACGAGCGUGACCGCAAGCUCGCCAAGCAGAACGCCGCCAUCCGCGAGCGGAACAAGGGUCUGCCGGAGGCACGUCGGCGGCACCUACUGGCGCAGACCGAGCUGUUUAAGCACUUUCUCUCCGAGGCUCCGGCCAAGCUCCCGCCAUCGCCGCGCAAGGGAAAGAAGGCUGGCGGAAGCACGGCGAGCACGGCGAGCACGGCGAGCACGGCUGGGACCGGGGCGCCGUCCGAGGCGCCCGGCUCGCCGUCCAAGUCGCACCGUGGGCGGCGGACGGAGAACGAGGAGGAUGCAGAGUUGCUUGCGGCGGCGGAGCACGAGCCAUCUGUGACGCGGCUGACGACGCAGCCGCACUGCAUUGCCUUUGGCACCAUGCGCGACUACCAGCUCGAGGGCCUCAACUGGCUCAUCAACCUCCAUGACAACGGCAUCAACGGAAUCCUUGCCGACGAGAUGGGCCUAGGCAAGACGCUGCAGACGAUUUCGCUGCUCGGGUAUCUCAAGGAAGCGCGGGGAUCAACGGCCCGCACCUGGUCAUUGUGCCCAAGUCGACGAUCGGCAACUGGAUGAACGAGUUCAAGCGGUGGUGCCCCUCGCUCCGAGUCUUCAAGCUCUACGGCGCCAAGCACGAACGCGGCCUGCUUGUGGAGAAGCAGCUCCUGCCGGGCCACUUUGACGUGUGCGUGACGUCGUAUGAGAUGGUCAACAUUGAGCGGGCGGCAUUCUCCAAGUUUGAGUGGGAGUACAUUGCCAUCGACGAGGCGCACCGGAUCAAGAACGAGUCAUCGCGGCUCUCGCUCAACGUGCGGGCCUUUUCGUCGGCGCACCGGCUGCUCAUCACGGGCACGCCGCUGCAGAACAACGUGCAUGAACUCUGGGCGCUGCUCAACUUUCUGCUCCCGGACGUCUUCCAGUCUGCCUCGUCGUUUGACGAGUGGUUUGACCUCUCGUCCGAGUCUGCCGAGGCCGACGCGGUGGACCAGCUGCACAAGGUGCUGCGGCCGUUCCUCUUGCGGCGGCUCAAGGCCGACGUCGAGUCGUCGCUGCUGCCGAAGAAGGAGCUGCUGAUGAAGGUCAAGCUGACGCCGAUGCAGAAGGAGUGGUACCGCAAGCUCCUCUCGCGCGACAUCGACGCCCUCAACUCGACAACCAAGGCGACGUCCAAGACGCGGCUCCUCAACAUCAUCAUGCAGCUCCGCAAGUGCUGCAACCACCCGUACCUGUUUGAGGGCGCCGAGCCCGGCCCGCCGUACACCACCGACUACCACCUGGUCAAGAACUCGGGCAAGAUGCUGCUGCUGGACAAGCUGCUGCAGGUGCUCCUGGCGCGCGACUCGCGGGCGCUCAUCUUCUCGCAAUUUACCCGCCUCCUUGACAUCCUCGAGGACUACCUCCACUGGCGCGGGUACGAGUACUGCCGCAUCGACGGCUCCACCAACGGCGACCUCCGUGACGAGCAGAUUGAGGAUUUCAACAAGCCAGGCUCGUCCAAGUUUGUCUUUCUCCUCUCGACUCGCGCCGGCGGCCUUGGCAUCAACCUCGCGACUGCUGACACGGUCAUCAUCUUUGACUCGGACUGGAACCCGCAGAUGGAUCUGCAGGCUAUGGACCGCGCCCACCGUAUCGGACAGAAGAAGCAGGUCAUUGUCGCGCGGUUCUGCGCCGACAACACCAUCGAGGAGAAGAUCAUCGAGCGCGCCAUGCAAAAGCUCAAGCUCGACGCCAAAAUCAUCCAGCAGGGCCGGCUCCAGCCCAAGUCCAAGGGCCUCUCGAAGGACGAGAUGCACUCGCUUGUCCGCUACGGCGCCGACUACCAGUUCAACUCGGGCGACGCCGACGAAAUCACCGAGGCCGACAUCGAUGCUGCGCUCGCAGCCGGCGAGACCAACGCGCAGGAGCUCUCGGAUAAGGUCGUCGAGCUCGGCGCGCCGGGCUCGACUGACGGCUUCAAGAUGGAGUCGAGCUUUGCCACCAACGUCUUUGAGGGCGUUGACUACACGGCGCAGGCCGCGUCGAACCUCCGCUCGGACUUUGGCGGGCACACCUUUAUCAACCUCGGCAAGCGCCGCCGCGAGCGGACGUCGUACAACAUUAACGAGUACUACCGCGAGACCAUGCGCUCGUCCGAGGCGACGACCGAGAAGAAGAAGAAGGCGCCGCGGCCGCCCAAGCAGCCGUUUGUCGCCGAGUAUCAGUUCUACCCCGACGAGCUCCACGAGCUCCUCGCCCGCGAACUCUGGGCAUGGCGCUUUGAGAACACGCCCAAGUACGUCGACGAGGUCAUCGCCAACGACGAGGAGCUCAAGACCGACGAGGACCGCGCCGCACGCCGCGAGGAGCUCCGCGAGAUCGCUGUCCCGCUUACCGAGGAGGAGAUGGCGCGCCGCGACGAGCUCCUCACCAAGGGCUUUGACAACUGGUCGCGCGUUGACUUUGCCCGUUUCUACCACGGCUGCGAGUCGUACGGCCGCGAGUCGUACGCAGACAUUGCUCGCGUCAUCGAGACCAAGACCGAGGACGAGGUGCGCGAGUACGCAAAGGUCUUCUUUGAGCGGGGCCCGGAUCACCUCUCGUCGUGGCCCAAGGUCAUCGACGUCAUCGAGAAGGGCGAGGAGAAGCUCCGCCGCCACUCGACCAAGAUCAAGCUCAUUCGCCAGGCCGUCGCCGAGGCGCCGGGUAACCCGUACCACUCGCUCGAGAUCAAGACCAAGUCGUCCAUGUACACCGCUGCCGAGGAUCGCUUCAUCAUCUGCAAGAUCAAUGACCUCGGCUACGGCGAGUGGGACAAGCUCAAGCUUGCCAUCCGCUCCGCCUGGGAGUUCCGCUUUGACUGGUACUUCAAGUCUCGUACCCCCAUCGAGCUCAACCGCCGCUGCGACGCCCUCCUCCGCGCCUACGAAAAGUCCAAGGGCGGCUCGUCGCUCGCCCCGGCCCGGCGCCGCUCGUCAAAGUCCAAGGCCUCAAAGUCCAAGGCCUCAAAGUCCAAGGCCUCAAAGUCGUCCAAGCGCAAGCGGAGCUCGACAAAGUCGCAGCCCAACUCGGACGACGAGUAUGAUAACGAGGAGGACGAGGAGGAGGAGGUCGUCGCCUCGCGCUCGCGCAAGCGUUCAAAGCGCUAG